UCUAGGAAGAGUAUCUUGACCACUGAGUCACUCUUGAUAACGUAACACAUCUCUUGUAACCAUAAAUAUUCCCUGAAUGGACAUGAACGAAUUCAAUAGACUUUUUAUUAUCACUUCGUUUGCUGGUGUGACUGAUCGAAGGAUCAUAACGUAGAUAGUUUGUAGCAAUCGCUAUAGCGUUAUCGUAGCAAACCCCCCCGGGGGAUAACGAUCCUGAUAGCGAAUGCCGUCAGGUAUGUCGGGUUGGAACUGGCAUCUUCUAUUCAGAUACGGUGAUGUAAUUCACCGCCAAGUCGCCGUACCAUUCAAUUGUGGAACGAUUUAAUGCACCAAUUACAUCAAUUGACAAGCGAUAGGAUGGCAAUGGACCGAACUGUUGUUCAAUUGAUGACAGAGCAGAGCGCAUGGAAGCCAGUACGCCCGCGACGGUGAUCAGAGAUGGGUGCACGUUGGUAUUUGGUGUUAUUAGCAUUGGUGCUUGUUAGCACGGUACAAUCCCAGGAGUCUUCAGCAUCCGACAAGGAAUGGUGGGAAACGGCUCUAUUCUAUCAGAUCUAUCCACGCUCAUUCUACGAUACGAACGAUGACGGUGUUGGGGAUGUUCGAGGUGUUACGGCGAAGCUCCAGUAUCUGAAGGAUACCGGGAUCGAUGCUACGUGGCUAAGCCCAAUCUUUAGCUCGCCGCAGGAAGACUUCGGGUACGAUGUGUCCGACUUUAAGCAAGUCGAUCCACUGUUCGGUACAAAUGCCGAUCUGGAGCAACUGUUUGCCGAAGCGAACAAGCUGGGUUUGAAGAUUGUGCUGGACUUUGUGCCGAACCAUACGAGCAAUAAGCACCAGUGGUUCAUCGAUUCGGAGAGAGGUAUUGCCCCGUACAGGGACUACUAUGUGUGGCGCCCGGCAAGGAUGGUGAAUGGUCAGCGUAUGCCACCGAACAAUUGGCAAUCGGUAUUCUACGGUUCGGCCUGGGAGUGGAGUGAACUGAGGGGCGAGUACUAUCUGCAUCAGUUCGCUAAAGGACAGCCAGAUCUGAAUUAUCGCAAUCCGGCCGUUAUUGCCGAGUUUGACGAAGUGCUGCGUUAUUGGAUGCAGCGUGGUGCGGCUGGAUUCCGUGUCGAUGCCAUCAACCAUAUGUUCGAGCAUCCGGAGUUUAUCGAUGAGCCAAUCAACAUUCCGGAUGAUCCGAAUAGCUACGGAUACACGCAUCACAUUUACACGAAGGAUCUGCCGGAAACGUACGACGUGAUCGCGCACUGGCGCACCGUUCUGGAUGACUUUGCGCGCCAGCAGGGUAGCGAUGCUAUCAUUAUGAUGACGGAAGCGUACGCUAAUCUGACGAUGACCCUACGCUAUUACGAGUCGGACGAUGGUAACCAGCAGCGGGCUCACUUCCCAUUCAACUUUGUCAUGAUCGAAGAAUUGGGCGCAUGGUCAAAUGCGAAAGACUUUAAGCGUGUUAUCGAUCGCUGGUUGGGCAAUGUGCCGCGCGGUAAAACUACCAACUGGGUGUUGGGCAAUCAUGAUAAGCCGCGUGUUGCAAGCCGAUACGGUGAGGAGCGUAUCGAUGGAAUGCAGCUGAUGGUGCUGAUGUUGCCCGGUGUCGCCGUAACGUACAAUGGCGAUGAGUUGGGUAUGAUCGACCAUCGGGACAUCUCGUACGAGGAUACGCUCGAUCCGCAGGGUUGUAAUCUUGGUCCGAGUGGGUACAGGGAUGCUUCACGCGAUCCUCAGCGUGUUCCGUUCCAGUGGGAUGAUACGUACAAUGCUGGAUUCUCGAAGGCACCCCGUACCUGGCUCCCGGUACAUCCGUACUACCGACAGACGAACUUGCUAAAACAACAGGAAGCGGACUACAGUCACUACAAGUUCUACCUCGACGCGGUAGCAAUGCGAAAGCAUCGCAUCUUCACAGACGGACACUUCAAGUCACACGCAUUCGGUAACGGUGUGUUUGCGUUUGCACGCUAUCUGCGCGAACAUGAAGACCGAAUGGACGAUCCCUACCGGGUGGUGUUGAUCAACUUUUACGACGAACAUAUCACGAUCGACGUAAACGAUCUGUACGAAAUUCGCAACCGUACGCAGGUGUAUCUUGUCGGUACGGAGUCGCGGCACAAGGUCGGCCAUCUGCUCGAUGCAAAGCAAGUUUCCCUCGGACCAUGGGACUCGAUCGUGCUAGGACCGGUAUCGGGCGGUGUACGGGUUGUACUUUCCUUCGGAUUACUCAUCCUGGCGGUGGUAAAAUCGCUCCUCCUCUAGACGUUUUUAUCAAUUUGUUUUCUUUUGUCAUCCCAUUCUAAUGGCCGAACAAUAAAUAUCGCUACACACAGUA